AUGGGUCAACAGCAACAUAACGGAACUUCUCAUCAUCAUCAUUGUCAGUAUCAUCAUUCCGUUGCGGCUCCGCACAAUAUCACCACAACUGGUAGUAGUAAUAGGUCGUGCUCUUCUGCAACCAUGAUGAUGAUGAUGAAUACAACUCAGGCGUCCAUUUGGAUGGAUGAAGACUAUGAACGAGUUCCGAUUGGCUCGUGUUUGAAUGAACAAACGAAACUACAAAAUUCAUACGUUUUCAAGGAUGUAUAUAUUGAAAAUUUGAUGCCGAGAAAAGCAAAACAAGAGGAGACUGCUGAAUCAAUACCGUCCCAUUGGGUGAUGAAAGGCUCUAAAUUAUUGGAAUUUAAAAAUCCUUGGGAUGGUUUUAAACAACCUUCGACUGGUGACGUUUUUAAAUUUCAGAGAGAAAUGGCUCUCAACAAACAAAUUAUACCAUCCAAUGAUGAAUUACCUCAAAUCAAACCAAACAUUAAUUUAUUGAAUAAUCCAGAUAUUCAUAGUGUGAGAGGCGAUGCUCCACAAGUGACCUGGAUUGGCCAUUCUACAUUUUUAAUCCAAUAUCGUGGUGUAAAUAUUUUGACAGAUCCCGUAUUUAGUGAAAGAUGCUCUCCUGUACAGUUCAUGGGCCCUAACCGUAUCAAACCGCUACCGAUAACAAUUGACAAUCUACCAACCAUUCAUUUUGUAAUUAUCUCUCACAAUCAUUACGACCAUUUAGAUUAUUAUGCCAUAACUGCUUUACAAAAACACCAUGAUCCAAUUAUUUUGUUACCAUAUCGAAUGAAAUACGAUUGGAUGGAAAAGUUUUACAAUGAGAAAAAUCAUUCUGCUCUUUCAAAGUUGAAGCUAAUGGAGCUAGAUUGGUGGAAAUCUACCAGUUUCAAUGCUUCCAUAGGUUUAGACAAAGAUAGCUCAGAACGAGUCGAAUCUAACUUUACUUUUACCUACAUGCCAGCCCAACACUGGUCUAUGCGGUCUGGAUUUGAUCGAAACGAGGCUUUAUGGGGAUCUUGGGGAGUGCAAUGCACUUUUGUAAAUCCAUCUUCCGAUGUGUCACAAACCAAGUCACAAUCUGAAUCGAUAGAAAAUGUAAGCAAUACUGCAUGCAAUACCCUUGAAAUAGCAGAGAAUGUCAAAAUGGAAGGUGUCACUUCUGAUAGCUGUCAAACUCAUACACAAGAACAACAUACAGAAGAGGUAAACAUGAACUCAAAUGAUAAUAUCAAGUCAUACAAGAUGUGGUUUGCUGGAGAUACCGGCUACAGUAAGGAAUGCUUUACAGAAAUUGGAAAUCGCUUUGGUCCAAUCGAUCUAUCAUUCAUUCCAAUCGGUGCCUACGAGCCAAGAUGGAUGAUGAAGUACCAACAUAUCAAUCCUGAUGAGGCCGUACAGAUCGCUCUAGAUAUCAAGUCCAAAAAACAAAUAUCGAUGCAUUGGGGUACUUUUAUCUUGACCACAGAACCAAUCAUGCAACCCAAAAAAGACUUGGAAGAAUGCUUGAAACAACGAGGUCUGGAUAGCUCAUUCUUUGUCACAAUGUGCCAUGGUGACACAAUGCUCGCUACAUCCAGUAAUGAUAUUGAAAGUACAAGCAUGGCGGAACUCUCUAUGAAUGAAAAAAAACUUGUUGAAACUGUAAUUCUAGCUGAGACAAUCUCAACUCAGGAUCGCCAAGCUGUUAUUGAGGAGAAACUUUAA